GUCUGGUUGUGUGAAGGGCUUCAUGACACAACUCCCGCCCUGCCUGUCAGCUUCCAACCCUUCUGAACCGACGCACAGCAGCCCUGCUCCAGCAUGACCUCAGGCAUUAGCACAGACUUGGAGUUAGGCGAGUUGCUGCAGGAGUUCCAGGACGUGGUGGAGGAGCUGAAGGCCCCUUCUCAAAGCAAAACCCAUGCUUACCAGCAAGUCCUGCGGGAGGCCAAAAGUCGCACACGGCUCGGGGACGACAGCGGAGUCGAGGACUCGGAUUACAGCAGCGAGGCUUCUUUGGGAAACAGUUUGAGCACCAGCGAGGAAGAGCUUCACACAGCAGGCGUAACGCUGGCACCGAAAGCCAAGCUGGGAGACACAAGCGAACUUGAGAGUUUUAUCGACAUGUUGGACCGGGAACUUGCAGAGAUGUGAACAGAAAGAGAAAGCGAGCCACGUAGAGGGGGGAGAAACAGGCCGGGGGCGACAUGGCUGGCUAUUGCAGAGCAGACAGGCAGAUCUACUCCAGAGCAGAUCUGACGAAGCAAAUGCUCCCCUGGCUGCUCCAGGGGAAAAGGUUAACAUCAGAAAUUAAAAGGGCACUCCAUUCCAAAAUGCAAGAACAGCCUCAGACCCCUGGCGACGCUGCGUCCAGCCGGCAAGACUACAUCCCUGCAGCAUCAGACCCGAGAUGUGUGACUUAUUCCCAAAACUAGACAAAGCUUCCAUCUGUCCAUCCGUACGAGAAAACACUGUUUAGAAAGCAUUUUGUGCCACAUUCAAAAUUUCCAUAAAUACUGUGCCAUUAGAUACUUACUUUUUAUAAAAAGAGACUGUUACAAAUUACAGAUGGCACUUUCAUUUUAAACUGAUUCUAAGUCCAAAGGUUUUAGAUCUGCUGUGUAAAUCAAAAGACAUUUAUGUGCUGACAUUUCCAGUGUACAGUUAUGUUAAUAUGUUUUUUCAGAAAUAAAUUGUUGUACAGAUGAAUGCACAUAAAUAAAGCUACAUUUUGAUA